GUCACGCGGUGGAAGAAGAAGAAGAGAGCAGGAAUGAAAACAAGAGAAGGGGCACGCCUUCUCUCCAAAAGGUUAUAGCAGCUUAAUAAGUGUUGCUGUCAGAGGUGCACGGAGAGACUAAAUAACACCAACAACAACUACGACAACAACACGUCUGUGAUUUCACUAAAAAUCAAGAGUAGCCCUGCAGAAAUGGAGUCCACAGAAAUGACAGACUUCGUUCAUCCUAGCCGUUGAUAAAAGAGAUUGACUCACAAAUCGUGUGGGGAAAAAAUGCCCAACCAGAAGAAUAACAAGGGGAAGAAAAGCAAACGAACUAACAGUAGCGGAGAUGAGCAGGAAAAUGGAGCCUGUGCGGCCGCAACAGGAGGCGCGGCCGCGGUCGCUGCUGCUGCGGCUGCUGCUGCUGCUGCUGCAGCACCCGGGACCGAGCGUUCGAGUGAGGCCCAGUGCGCGACCCCUUUGGGCUGCAGCUUGGGCCGGCCCAUUGACCUGGAGAAGGAUGACUACCAGAGGAUCCAGUGCAACAACGAGCUCUGCCCCUACGGAAACUGGAUGCAUCUGCAGUGCUUCUACGAGUGGGAGAGCUCCAUUUUGGUACAGUUCAACUGCAUCGGUCGUGCACGCUCGUGGAAUGAGAAGCAGUGUCGGCAGAACAUGUGGACCAAGAAAGGAUAUGACCUGGCUUUUCGGUUCUGCUCCUGCCGCUGCGGCCAGGGCCAUUUGAAAAAAGACACUGACUGGUAUCAGGUCAAGCGCAUGCAGGACGAGCGAAAGAAGAAACCGUCUGAGAGGAGCGCUGGGAGGGUGGGGUCGUCUGGGGGGGCUUCUGGAUCUGGGGACAGUGUGUUUGAGGACCCCAGGAAAAGCAAGCUAGCAGGAGGAGUAGGUAAGACUGCUCACAGGGCAUCGAGUCAAGAGCUACCGCAAAGACAAUCAGUGGACCGCCAGAACUCAGUCGAAAGAGGAGCAGGAGCAGCAGGAGGUCUCUUUCCUUUGGGGCCACCUUUGAAGUCUCCAUGCGACUCCCCGGGACAGUCCCCUCCAACUGGUUUCUCCUUUUCGCCAACAUCCGUCCUCGGGCCUGGCGGAGUUGGUUCAGGUUUUCGGGGUCCCCGUCAAUUAGGUGAAUUUCUCAAAUCGGCAGUGCACAUGGAUGCACAGCGGAAGCAUCUUUUGGUAGGGGGGCCCCUCAGCCGAGCACCGGGUUGCGUUCCUCACCUGGACCCCGCAACUGUUCUACCCCUGCCGGUGGCCUUCACCCUCCCGCUUCAUCACAGACUUGCCUCGGGCGGCUUCGGUGACGGCACGCUUCCUCAACCUGUGCAGUUUCUGAGGAGGAUGGAUCUCACAGAGCUUCUCACUCACAUCCCUCGCCAUAAACUCAACACCUACCAUGUUCGAAUGGAGGACGAUGCCCAGGCGGGCCAGGGAGAAGAACUGCGUAGGUUCAUCCUGUCCACACUCAGUGCAAGCCAGAGAAAUAUGGUCAACUGUGCACUAUGCCACCGGGCGUUGCCAGUGUUUGAACAGUUUCCGCUGGUGGACGGGACCAUGUUCCUUAGCCCGUCACGCCACGAUGAGAUUGAGUACGAUGUUCCUUGCCACCUGCAAGGCAGGUUAAUGCACCUCUAUGCCAUAUGUGUGGAUUGUCUAGAAGGUGUCCACAAGAUCGUAUGUAUCAAGUGCAAGUCUCGAUGGGAUGGGAGCUGGCACCAAUUAGGCACCAUGUAUACCUACGACAUCCUGGCUGCUUCACCUUGUUGUCAGGCUCGUCUGAACUGUAAACACUGCGGGAAGCCGGUGGUGGACGUUCGCGUCGGUAUGCAGUAUUUCUCCGAGUACAGCAACGUGCAGCAGUGCCCUCACUGCGGCAACCUGGACUAUCACUUCGUCAAACCCUUCUCCUCCUACAAAGUACUCGAGGCUUAUUGACAAAUGUUGUUUAUGCAUGCUAGUUAAUGCUGCUUUUAUGUUUUUUACAGUUUAGUAAAGUUUAUAUUUUCAAAUUGAGUGGAGGGGCUCAAGAUUAGUUGGAUGUCAUAGAUUUCCACUUGUACUGUUUUUAACUUUUUUAAGAUGUACACACGGAUUCUUGUGGAAGUUCCGGGGUUGUGUCUAAUGCUGAAAGCUCAAGAAAGGUGUUGGAUUAAGUGUGAAACACAUCUAUUUGUGACAAGUGAAUGUAUCUGUAAGCCAAAUUAGAGUUUUAUUUUUAUCAUAAAAUGAUAUCAUUCUUGAAUAAAGGUUAAGAUACGAAGUG